CUUGAAUUUGCGUUGAAUACCUUCGUCAAUCAACGGCAGCGCCAAUAUGCUCGCCGUAAUUACGACUGACGGACUCAGUCUUCUACCGCCAUCGACGCUAAAAGGCGGCAUUGCUACUUCGGAAACCUCGUUCACUCCGCAAGACAAUGGCCUGACGGCAAUCUCUUGCGCUACCGACAACCCCAGUCUCUUCAUCUCAUCUGCAAACUCUGUCUCUAGAUACGACCCGUUCGCGAAGGGGGCGAAAGCCAUUCAUACGACAGAAUAUGGGACGAUAACAUGCCUUGUCAGCAAAGACAAAGGCAACACGCAGAUUUUCGGCGCGGGCAACAAAGUCUGCAUCCUCGAAUGCGGCUCCGGCACGGGGAAGAUCAGCAAGACAUUCGACUCGCACAAGUCCACCAUCACCUCCCUCGCCCUCUCCAACGACGCCACCCUCCUUGCCUCGACGUCCGCCGAUGCCGUGCACGUCUACAAUCUCACCCUGGCAUCCCAUACGGUGCUUCGCGGGCUGCCACUCACCGGCGGGCAGAAGAUCACCGCAUGCGCGUUCCACCCGCACUCGCGCGGACGGCUCUUUCUGGGGAUAGGCAGGCAGAUGGCGGUAUACGACACCACGCGGCCCUCCGCGCCGCUCAAGCUCGCGCUCAUGCCCGACGGGACGAGCGGCGAGGUCGUCGCGAUCGCGUGCAGUCCAUUCAGCAAGACGCUGGUCGCGAUUGCGACCACCGGAGGGGACGUGGGGCUUUUGGAUCUGGAGAAGGAUAAAUCGCCCCGUCGGAACUUCAAUGUCAAAGUGCCUAUCACAUCCCUGCUCUUUUCUCCCGAGGGAGACGCUAUCUACAUUGGUACGGAGAACGGCAAGGUGCUCGUGAAGAGCCUUCGUGCUUUGGACAAACCACCCGUGGCUAUCGUAGUAAGCAAAGAAGGUGAUAGGAUUCAAGGCAUGGCUAUCCAGGCAAAGGGCAAGGCCACAAGCACGGAUCCUGCACCCAAGGCAAACACCGUGUCGUCCAGAAAGCCAGCUGAACCACCGGUUCCUGGCAAGCGAACAGUCUCAGCAGCCGAGAGUAGGAAGGCGAGGUUGGCUGCAGAGGUACAUCUGCACGUUGAUGGGGCCGCAGCGGCCACUGGCGCAGCUACCAAGGUUGCGCUGGAGAGAAGGAAGGAGUUGAAGGCCAACGUGGCGGCAGCGAGGAAAGCUGAAGAAACGAAAGUGCCUACUCCAGAGCCUCCGAGGGAGAAGCGAGUCUUCUCCCCAGUACGGGAUCCGCUCGGCAACACCGAGAGCGUAGCAGACAUCUCAGUGCAAAUCGAGAGUCUGAUGGAGAUGAAGCCGGCAAAAGUGGAAGCUGCCCGCGCGAAGGAGAACAUCGCAGAGACUCUCUCGGCCUUGAAGAGAGCCCGCAGUACCUCUCCAGGCAAAGCAGCCCCCGUAUCGCGUCCUACGAGCGCCGUGUCAGCGGGGCGUACAGAUCCGACCAGGCCCGCGAAUGAAAAGACCGAAUCAGCUGCCACUAGAACCAGGACGAAGUCCAACGCGUCUACGCGGUCCCAAGAAGUCGCCGAGCGACAGCGGAUGCGGACGUCGUCGUCUGGAACUUGCGUCCCGUCCUCAUCUUCCGGGACACUGAGCUCUGCCUCAUCGCGGCCGCUGUCGGCGACGUCGAGCAGGAGCUCCGGCUCGUCGAAGCACCGCGGUAUCAGCGCCGCGACAUCGCGGCGCACGCCGUCGCCGGAUCUGCCGUCGCCCGAGAAGCAGCCGCUGACGCCCCCGCCCAUGAAGGAGAAGGAUAGGAAGAGCAGGAUGAGGGGGAUGGGCGUGUUGGGCCACGGGACGCCGGAGGUGGACGUGUGGAUGGCGGCGGGGAAGGGCAAGGGGAAAGCAGGGGAGGAGGAGCCGGGCAGGAGAGUCGGAUUCGCGGCUGAGGCGCGGCUGAGCGCGACUCUGCAGGAGAGCGAGUCGGAAGGCGAGGACGAGGACGCGGGCGAGAGGUCUUUGGUGAUAUCGCCCCGCCGGCCUCCUCCGCAGGACACCUGGGCGCCUGCGCCUUCUCCUCUGAGGGGCGCCCCCAGCCCUGGUCAUGGAUCGAGCCCGCAGGACCUGCUGCGAACGAUCGUGCAGGACGUGAUGUACGACUUCCAGCGCGACACGAAGACAGAGAUGAUGGGAUUGCAUCUGGACCUGGUGCGUAUGGGGCGGACGUGGCGGCGCGAGAUGAAGGAGACUAUGCAGGAGUAUUUGGAGGAGCUGAGGGAGCUGCGCGAGGAGAAUCGAAGGCUGCGGGAGGAGAAUGAUAGGUUGAGGAGGGGGUUCUGAGAUCUUCGUAUACCCGUUGUACUCAUGUCCCUCAGGUUUCUACGCCAGAUGUUAUGUAGCUAUGGUAUUAUGCUGUUGUAGCUGCUGUUUUAUGUAUCGAUUUCAUGUCUGCUUGAGGGUCGCAAUGUUUUCUUCAUGUCGUGA